UCUAUGAUCUUACCUUCCUUCCAAAUACCAAUUUAAAUUAUUCUUUCAAAUACCAAUAUAUAAAUGGAUCAGAUAAGGCCUGUGGUACAUUAAUUGCUUGCUCUAUCUCCUCUUUGUUUUUGAUCAUAUAACCAUUCUCCCCCAUCAUGGCAGCGAUCAAAGUCCAUGGAAGCCCUCUCUCAACAAAUACACUGCGAGUUCUCGCUACCGUUUAUGAGAAAGAGCUUGACCAUGAGUUUGUUCUUGUAGACAUGAGUGCUGGUGAACAUAAAAAAGAACAUUUCCUGUCGACCCACAAUCCAUUUGGUCAAGUUCCAGCUUUUGAAGAUGGAGAUCUCAAGCUCUUUGAAUCAAGGGCAAUUACUAGAUACAUUGCCUGUGAGUAUGCUGACAAGGGAACCCAGCUGAUAUACCAAGACUCUAAGAAGAUGGCAAUUACGUCUGUUUGGAUGGAAGUGGAGGGUCAACAGUAUAAACAGAUAGCUACAAAACUAGCCUGGGAGCUGGUAUAUAAGCCAUUACUGCUUGGCAUGAGUGCAGACAAAGCAAUUGUGGAGGAAAAUGAACCUAAGCUAGCUAAGGUCCUUGACAUCUAUGAGAGUCGACUAGCUCAGUCAAAAUACUUGGGAGGUGAUUGCUUCACCCUGGCGGAUUUGCACCAUUUGCCCACUUUGCAUUACUUGUUUGGGACACAAGUUAAAAAGCUGUUUGAUUCACGCCCCCAUGUGAGUGCUUGGAUAGCAGACAUUACAGCAAGGCCAGCUUGGUUGAAGGCCCUUGCCUUGCAAAGCCAACAGUAAGGAAUGGACUGCUAUCGACCCUGGCAGCUUAGUUAAGCUGUGCUGUGUUGUACUUAGUUAGUUGAGCUUAGCUAGUUAAGCUGUGAAGAGUUGUACCUAGUUAGUUAGAACAGGAUAUAAGCUACAAUUCAGAUUGUAUGAAGUGCAUUGAAGAAUAAUACAUUGAAUAGCUAAUUCUUGAAUUGCUAUAGGAGGAAGAUUCCCU